AUGUCUCUGCCCGGCCACCUCCUGCCCGCCUUGGUCCUGCUCCUGGCAAGGUCCCCGGGCUGGGCCUGGGUCCCCAGCCGCUGCAGAGCCCCCCGCGAGGCCGUGUGCAACUUCGUGUGUGACUGCAGGGGCUGCCCUGACGAGGCCCAGUGCGGUUACCACGGGGCCUCACCCACCCUGGGCGCCCCCUUCGCCUGCGACUUCGAGCAGGACUCCUGUGGCUGGCGGGACAUCAGCACCUCAGGCUACAGCUGGCUCCGAGACAGGGCAGGGGCCGCGCCAGAGGGUCCAGGGCCGCGCUCGGACCACACUCUGGGCACUGACCUCGGCUGGUACGCGGCUGCUGGCACACACCGUGGGAGACAGGCAGCCACUGCAGUGCUGCGCUCCCCCACCCUGCACGAGGCGGCCCCCUCCUGCGAGCUGAGCCUCUGGUACCACGUGGCCUCUGGAGGUGUGGCCGAGCUGCGGCUGGAGCUGACCCACGGUGCGGAGACACUGACCCUGUGGCAGAGCUCGGGGCCCUGGGUCCCAGGCUGGCAGGAGCUGGUGGUGCCCACCGGCCGCAUCCAGGGUGACUUCAGGGUGACCUUUUCUGCCACCCGAAACGCCACCCGCAGGGGUGCUGUGGCCUUGGACGACGUGGUCUUCUGGAGCUGUGGGCUGCCCACCCCGCAGGCGCACUGCCCCCUGGGGCAUCACCAUUGCCAGAACAAGGCCUGCGUGGAACCCCACCAGCUGUGCGACGGAGAGGACAACUGCGGGGACCGUUCAGAUGAGGACACGCCCACCUGCAACCACCACAUGACCACCGAUUUUGAGAGGGGCCUGGGCCUGUGGAACCACUCAGAGGGCUGGGCCCGGAACCGCAGUGCGGGCGGCCCACAGCACCCCGCCUGGCCGCACCGUGACCACAGCCGGAACAGCGCACAGGGCUCCUUCCUGGUGUCCGUGGCCGAGCCCAGCGCCCCAGCCAUCCUCUCCAGCCCCGAGUUCCAGGCCUCGGCCCCCCGGAACUGCUCGCUCACCUUCUAUCACUACCUGCACGGGUCCGAGGCCGGCUGCCUCCAGGUGUUCCUGCAGACGCGGAGCCCUGGCGCCCCCCAGGCCGCUGUCCUGCUGCGCAGGCGCCACGGGGAACUGGGGGCCGCCUGGGUCCGAGACCGCGUUGACAUCCAGAGCAAGCACCCCUUUCGGAUCCUCCUGGCCGGGCAGACGGGCCCGGGGGGCGUCGUGGGCCUGGAUGACCUCAUCCUGUCUGACCACUGCAAACCAGUCCCAGAGGUGGCUGGCCCAACUCCUGGGCUCUGGGCUCCAGGUCCCCGGUCCCAGCUGUCCAGCCUGCAGCCCUGGAAUUUCUGCGAGCCCGGACAUCUCUUUUGUGGGGACCUGUGUGUCCCCCCCGAGCAGCUGUGUGACUUCCAGCAGCAGUGCCCUGGGGGCGAGGACGAGCAGGAAUGCGGCACCACGGACUUCGAGUCCCCCUCGGCCGGGGGCUGGGAGGAUGCCAGCGUGGGGCGGCUGCAGUGGGUGCGUCUCCCGGCCCAGGACAGCGGGAGCCCUGGCACGGACGCCAGCGGGGCCGCUGGGCACUUCCUGUCUGUGCAGAGGGCCUGGGGGCAGCUGGCAGAGCAGGCCCGCGUCCUCACACCCACCCUGGGCCCCUCUGGCCCCCGCUGUGAACUCCACAUGGCUUACUAUUUUCAGAGUCACCCCCAAGAGAUCUCCUGUAACUUUGAGCGGGGCACCUGCGGCUGGCACACUGGCCACCUCACAGAUGCCCACUGGCACCGGGUCGAGAGCCGUGGCCCUGGGUACGACCACACCACGGGCCAAGGUGAGGCGGGGCGCCCUGACCCAGGGGCAGCUCUCAGACUCGGAGCGGCCUCUCGUACCCUGGGGGCCUCCCAGACCGGACUCCCAGGGGGCAGAGGGGAGCGCUGGGCUGAGUGUCCCCAGCCUGGCGUCUCUGCGGCUCAGCCCCAUGGCCCGCCUGCAGGCCACUUCAUGCUCCUAGACCCCACGGAACCCCCAGCCCAGGGCCCCGGUGCCCACCUGCUCACCUGGCCCCAGACACCCGCGGCCGCUCAGGAGUGCCUCUCCUUCUGGUACCACCUCUACGGGCCCCAGACCGGGACUCUGCGCCUGGCGAUGAGGCGAGAAGGGGAGAGAGAAAGGCACCUGUGGUCGCGGUCUGGCACCCACGGCAACCGCUGGCAUGAGGCCCAGGCCACCCUCCACCACCCGCAGGACUCCAGCGCCAAGUAUCAGCUGCUGUUCGAGGGCCUCCGGGACGGGUACCACGGCACCAUGGCGCUGGACGACGUGGCUGUGCGGCCCGGGCCCUGCUGGGCCCCCAAGCGCUGCUCCUUUGAGGACUCGGCCUGCGGCUUCUCCACGGGGGGCCGGGGCCUCUGGACACGCCAGGCCAACGCCACGGGCCAGGCGGCCUGGGGCCCCCCUGCAGACCACACCACAGAGACGGCUCAGGGGCACUACAUGGUGGUGGACAUGAGCCCGCAGGCCCUGCCCCGUGGCCACGUGGCUUCCCUGAUCUCGGAGGAGCACAGGCCCCUGGCCCAGGCCGCCUGCCUGACCUUCUGGUACCACCUGAGCCUCCACAACCCAGGCACCCUGAGGGUCCACGUGGAGAAGGCCGAGAGGAGGCAGCUACUCAGCAUCAGCACCCACGGAGGGUUUGCUUGGCGCCUGGGCAGCGUGGACUUGCAGGCUGAGCGGGCCUGGAGGGUGGUGUUUGAGGCCGUGGCCGCCGGCGUGGAGCGCUCCUACGUCGCGCUGGAUGACCUGCUCCUGCAGGACGGGCCCUGCCCUCCGCCAGCUUCCUGUGACUUUGAGGCUGGUCUGUGUGGCUGGAGCCAUCUGCCCUGGCCUGGCCUGGGCGGGUACAGCUGGGACUGGAGCAGUGGAGCCGCGCCCUCCCGCUACCCCCAGCCCCCUGUGGACCACACCCUGGGCACAGAGGCAGGCCACUUUGCUCUCUUCGAAACGGCCGUGCUGGGCCCGGGGGGCCGAGCGGCCUGGCUGCGCAGCCAGCCACUGCCCGCCACCGAGGCCUCCUGCCUUCGCUUCUGGUACCACAUGGGCUUUCCUGAGCAUUUCUACAAGGGCGAGCUGAGGGUACUCCUGAGCAGCGCCCGGGGUCAGCUGGCCGUGUGGGGCGCGGGCGGGCGCCUGCGGCACCAGUGGCUGGAAGGCCAGGUGGAAGUGGCCAGCACCGAGGAGUUCCAGAUUGUGUUUGAAGCCACUCUGGGCGGCCAGCCGGCCCUGGGGCCCAUUGCCCUGGAUGACGUUGAGUACCUGGCCGGGCAACGCUGCCAGCUGCCUACACCCAGCCAGGGAGACACAGCAGUGGCCACGUCGGUGCCAGCUGCGGUCGGCGGCACCCUCCUCCUCCUCGUGCUGCUAGCGCUGCUUGGACUUGCGGGACGGCGCUGGCUGCAGAAGAAGGGGGGCUGCCCCUCCUGGGGCGAGAUGGACGCCAUGGCCCCCAGCUUUGACAACAUUCUCUUCAACGCGGACCAUGUCACCCUGCCAGCAUCGGUCACCAACGACCAGUAGAAGACGCGGAGAAGACCCUGGCUCCUCACCUGAGCUCCCCCCCUUCCUCAGCAACCUGGCCCAG